AUGCAUUGUAUAGAGGCAUUUGGACUGGAUAGUGGUGCAAGAUAUAGAGGAAAUCAGCUUUCAAGUGGAGGAUCGUUCACAAUUGAUAUGGUAAUUGAUACUGUGGAUCAACAGCAAGAAACUAUAUGUGGUACCUUUGAAAUCCACAACAUCAGUGACAAGUACGAGCUGCUUACGACAUACUUUGAAGGCGAAAUGGUUGGUAAUAUUUAUCCAUUCACUGCAGAACAGCCAUCUGCAACGAAUCCAGACAUCAUCCACUGGAAGUUGUUUCCUGAGUGGAAGAUGGAAUAUGUAAAUGCAGACAGUACAUAUGACAUAAAAGACAGUGACUUUGUAUACAUAAAGAUCAAGGAGCUGUUUAUACUACCAGAUCCUAAGAGCAGAAGCAUCCCUGGUGCAUCUAUAGAUGGACACUACUAUUGCUGCUAUUACAGAAACCUAGACUGUUUUGCAGGCCACUACUAUUACAGAAAUACAUCGAAUUUUGUUUCUCAACAGGUGCUGUUUGACAGAGUGUUUUCAAGGGUGUCGCAAGGAUGGGAGUUUGCAGAGUAA